AACUCCAGAGCCGCGUGUCACACAAUAGCGGAGACGCACGGAGUAAGAGUGUGUGUGACUGUGUGUGUGUGAGAGUGUGUGAGUGUGUGUGCGCGCAGGACCGGACCCUUACCGGACGGACACACACACACACACAGAGGAGCCGUUAGACCCCGGAGCAGGAGGAGUACUGCGGGAGGACACGCGUGCGUUCGUGGAUCAGCGCGUGGAGAUCUCCGUGACCCGCGCGUGACGAGGACAUGAGGCUGUGGGAGCGCGCGAGCGCGCGAGGCGCACCGCAUCCCGACCGGCGAGGCGCGCGCGGAGUGUAGAGCGCGCGGGAGAGAGACCGUUACUGCGCGCCUUAUAAUAAACACCAUAAUAAUAAUAAUAAUAAUAAUAAUAAUAAUAAUCAUCUGCUGGAGCGGGAUCAGAGGGCGAGCUCACCCUGCGGCUCUCGGUGUGUGUGUGUGUGUGUGUGUGUGUAAUGGAUGUAAGGAUAAACCGGGUGUAACACCCCGCACCGGGAGAGAGCGCGCGCGCUGGGAGCGUUCCAGGAAUCGCUUUUGAGGAUUUUUGGGAAUUUCUGGAAAACUUUAUAUUUUUCUUCUGCAACCGGGACCGGAUGGUAUCAUCAUCAUCAUCAUCAUCUUCAUCUUCAUCACCAGGAGCAUCGGAGCGGGUUUAGCCGUGUGUGUGUGUGUGUGUGUGUGUGUGAAGAUGGACGGUGGUGUGUGCAGUGGGACUGUCCCGCUGUGGAUCCUCGCGGUGCUGCUGCGGGUCACCGCGCUACAGGCCAAAGCGCUCGAGUCCGUCAUCUGGAGCUCACAAAACUCCAAGUUUGUCCCAGGUAAAGGCCUGGUGCUGUACCCUGAGAUCGGGGACAGGUUGGACAUCGUGUGCCCGCGGGCGUCCCCCGGUGGUGUGUAUGAGUACUACAGGCUGUACCUGGUGAGCGGCGAGCAGGCGGAGUCGUGCAGCACCGUGCUGAACCCCAACAUCCUGGUGACCUGCAACAAACCCGACAAGGACAUCAAGUUCACCAUCAAGUUCCAGGAGUUCAGUCCAAACUACAUGGGGCUGGAGUUCAGACGCCACCAAGACUACUACAUCAUCACCACCUCUGAUGGGACGCAGGACGGUUUGGAGAUGAGAGAAGGAGGAGCGUGCAGGACCAAAGAUAUGAAGAUCAUUAUGAAAGUGGGGCAAGAUCCGAACAUCCCUGGCCCGGUCCACACGGAGCCUCCUGAACAACCCGUGGACAACGAGAUUAAAACCCAGACGAACAAACCAGAGAGGAAGACCGUUAAGGCGGGGACAGAUGGGGGACGGGACGAGAAUUCUGUACCUGGAAACACAGAUCCGAGGAACCCAGACUCGUUAGAGGGGAUCUUCGGUUCUAAGCCGGCUCUUUUCGCCUCCAUUGCUGCUGGCUGUUUGCUCUUCCUCCUCAUCAUCAUCAUCCUCAUCGUGUUGCUGCUUAAACUACGUAAGAGGACACGCAAACCGAGGGGCGGAGCCUCUCUCUCGCUCAGCACGCUGGCCGCGCCCAAGUGCUCCGCCCAGUCCGGCUCGGAGCCCAGCGACAUCAUCAUCCCGCUGCGGCCCACAGAGGGCGGGUUCUGCUCGCACUACGAGAAAGUGAGCGGCGACUACGGACACCCCGUCUACAUCGUACAGGAAAUGGGUCCUCAGAGUCCCGCCAACAUCUACUACAAAGUCUGAGAGACAGAUGGUGCGGAGACAGACAGUCGGACAGUCGGACAGACAGACAGACAGACAGACAGGGAGACAGACACUUUCUCUCUCUCUCUCUCAUAUCCUGCGUCUGUGUCUAAAACUGACCUGAGCAAGAAGUGACGAAACAGGAAGUAGAGACUGAAGCGUGGACUUUGUGAAAGACUCUCCAAUCACGGAGAGACGCGGUGGUGUGGUGAUGUCACAAAGCGGGACGCGAUUUCCCCUAAUCGGGAAAGACCCGGUGCUCCAGACUCAGGCGUGAGCUUACAGCCAAUCACAGACGAGCUGAGUGAUGACAUCACAAAGCAGGAAAUGAUUUCCUCAUUUUAUUGUUGCUUUUAGUGUUUUUUUAUUUUUUAUUUUACUCACCACUAUUCACUCGUUUACUGAACUGCUGAACCACACACACACACACACACACACACACACACACAGGGUACACACAUGCACGGAGCGCUGAAUGAUGGUGGUGAUUGAACUCGGCCGAGAAUAAACACGCAUUGCUCAUGUUACGGAAUGUGUGUGUGUGUGUGUGUGUGUGUGUGUGUGUGUGUGUGUGAGACUGCCCUUUUAAAAUCUCAUCCUCAGUGUUUUCCCGUGUGUGUGAGAGAAAGAAUAAUAAACACAUUACAGCACAUUUGCCACCAAUUUGGAUCGUAUCAACAUCAAAUAAACAGAGGAGCAGAAAGAGGGAGAGAAACACACACACACACACACACACACACACACACACACACACACUGCUUUAAUAACAGCGCAGAAAUCAAUGGAGAGAAAUACACCUCCCUCUCUCUCUGUAGAAAAGAAAAGUCCCUUAAAGGUGCACUGCUCAUUUUGGAGUGGACGUUCUCGGUCCAUUCAGGUUCCUCCUCAGGUUCCUCAAAGCUCCUACAGCAGGUUCCAGACCAGACAUACCUUCUGAGGAGAACCCUCAACUCUCUGUUUGAUCAAUUAAACUUUGAACUGUUUUCUAGUUUUGUAAAAGUGUACAUUUUAACAAAGUAACAAUGGAUAGGCCACACCCCUUUGUAACACACACACACACACACACACACACACACACACACACACACAGUUUCUGUUCAUUUCUUUCUCUUGUCAUUACAGUGCUAAGUUACAACAUGAAGUCAUGAUGUUAAACCCACAGCAGUCUUUUACUGUAACUCUAAUGCUCCACACACACACACACACACACACACACACACUACAUGUUAACCUAAACGCUAACAGUCAUGUUUAAUAAACACUACAUUAACCUCAGUGUUUACUCAACAGUUUGUAUUUUUAAUGCACUAAUGCUAACACGCUAACAUCAGGAAAAUUGACCUCCAUAUUACAGCUCCAGAACAACUGCCCCCCUCAUCCCCCUUCCCCGGGUCACAACUGCGUAAAAAGACCACAGAUCAAAGAGAUUAGAAAAAACAGUCAGAUCUCCAUCCCAGGACUGAGUAACUGUCCAUAAGCAGCGUAUAUUAGAAUGCUAACGUCUUCGCUAGUCACACAAGCUAGAUCUUUGCACUACAACAUUACAUAAACUACAGCGUCACAUCAGCAAGUGUCACAUCUGCUACAACCUCACACAGCGUCACAUGAGCUACAUUAAAUCAGCUACAGCGUCACUUCAGCGUUGUGUCACAUGUUGCUGUAGCGCUUCCUGUUCGAGUCAUAGAGUGACAUCAUCAUCAUCAUCAUCAUCAUCAUCCUGUAAAUAAAGUUCCUGAAAAAAACAACACUAAUGUCUGAGUCUACAACACACACACACACACACACACACACACGUUUGUAUAUAGAGGUAUUUUGAAAAAAGGUUUUGUACGGUGUAACUUGAAGUUGAAAUGGAGCUAAGAAACAACACACACACACACACACACACAGUUGUGGUCCAUUUGCUCACAUUAUCAUACAUUAAUGUAUAUUUUUAAGAGUGUUUCAAUUGAAAAGAAACACACACACACACACACACACACACACACACACACACACACACACACACACACAGCAGAUCCAAAUCCAGAAAAUCUGCCGAAACUAAUAAGCUUAAUGAGCUACCAGAAUAAAGUGAACACAGAUUUGCUAAGACGGUGUAUUAAACACACACACACACACACACACACACACCUGGCUGUUUUACAUGUUUAGCAUUGUUAUUAUUCUGUUAGAUUUUCAGCGUUUUAUGAUUUAUGAUGUCAAUGUUUCACAAUGAUAAUGAUGGACAGAUUCUGUUCCACACUCCUCUUUUCCUCACUCUGUCAUUUCCCCAUUGACUCCGCCCCUUCUAUGGAAACCCCACCCCUUCUUAAUGCAUACUGACCAAUAAAGUUUUUCCUAUGGA